AUGAAGUACGUUCCAAUCGUGAUCACUGGCCCAAUUGGUGCAGGAAAAUCAACAUUAGCACGAAUGAUUUCGAAACAUCUUGCUAUUGAUUAUGUAAAAGAAUAUAUUGAUAUAAAUGAUGGCGAAGAGAUGCUUCUAAAGUUCAAAGCGAAUUCCAUAUCAUCGCAAGAUUUCCAAGAGUAUAUUCUUCAAACAUACAAAAGCCAGCUCAUGCAUGUUAAAGGCAAUGCAUUUAUAAUGGAGAGACUUCCUGAAGAAGGUUCGAUCAUUUUCAGCAACAGUGAUAAAAGCAUUCUUGAAAGAGUAGUUCAAGUUCAAGAAGAGUUUGAUAUUUAUGGAUACAAAGGAGAAGCAACAGUUCUCACGAUUCAUAACAGUGGCCAAAGUACAGAAAUGAUAAUGAAUGAAGUACUUUGCACAUUGUUCGGAACCAAACACGUUUCGCGAGAAAUGCUGAUUUAUCUAAAGAGUUUGAACGGUAUCAUCAUUUAUUUGAGAACAACACCAGAGAUGUGUAUCGAAAGAAUAAGAAGGAGAAACAGAUUUGCUGAGAAGUCCAUAACAUUGGAUGAUAUGAAAGAAAUGUGUAAAAAGUAUGAUACAUACAUCAAUAAUUUCAAGAACUACUAUAUUCAAUAA